CGAUAAAGAACUGUUCACCGACCGUUACACUCUUUCGAAGAAAAAAUGUUUCGACAGCAUACAUAAUAUGGCAAAUCUUUUUGUAAAAUUGAAAUUAGAACUUAGUUUUACAACGCUGCUCGGGACUACUUUUUGAGUUAUUUUACGUGAGCCGGGACCUUGCGUUCUGCCAUCUCUGCAUGGCGGCCAACAAGACGGGCAAGAUCGGUAACACGAAGGUGGACGGCAGCUUCAUCAGUGACGGCUUCUCCAAAUGGAAACAGGGCCCCGUGAAGUUCUGGAAGCACGACGGCAGCGAGUGCCACAAGGCGGCGGUCGAGCGACUGGUGACGCUUCCCGCCACUUUGCGUGACGUGGGAGAGACGCUGUCAGCGGGACACGCUAAGGAGAAGCUCGACAACCGGAAGCAGCUGCUGCAAAUCCUACGCAGCAUACGGUUUCUCACCCGCCAAGGCAUCGCGCUACGUGGGCAUGACGACGAUGAGGGAAAUUUCAUGAAGCUGCUACAGCACCACGGUUGUGUGUUGUGA